UGUCAGAUUUUAUUUCCCGAUACCUGCCGCUGAGCAUUGGCGGGGGAACGGGGAGACCGUAAUGCUUCAUUCCUUAUACAGAAGGCGAGAAACUGCGCGGCAGAUCAGAGAGGAGCCGGCAGGGGGAGCUGGGGAGCCUCUAGGUCUUUUAUUAUUCCAUAAUCAGUUGGCAUUUGAGAAAAAUGGCGUCUUCCUUCACACCAGUGCGAAGAGACAGAAUGAUCAGGACUCUAUGAUCCAGGGCGUCAUCCGUAUUAUUGAAAAACCAUCGGAUGUGAUCUUGCAGUGGAUUCCUGUGGAAGAGGAUGAUGAUGCAGCACAGAUUCAUUAUAGAAAAGAAUCUCCAGGAAGCGCCAGUUGCCGGACAGAAGAACUGUUUGAUCCUGGGUAUGAGCCAGACUGGGCUGUUAUCAGUACUGUGGGAACUAAAGGUCGCCCUCAAGAAGAGGAGCCAAAAGCCCCAAAAUCUGGUCACCGUGGGAAGUGGGCCUUUACCAUCAGCUUAGCAGAUCUGAAGUCCAUCCGGAAAAGCAAGCCUGGUUUGGGCUGGUCCUACCUCAUAUUUAUUACAAAAGAUGGCAUUUCCCAUCAGGCUUUGCAUUUUCAUCAAGGUGGAACAAAGGCUCUUCUCAAAGCCCUGCGCAAAUACAUCAUAUUAGCCACCUCUCCGAAAGAUUCCCGGCUGUUUUUGGUCUAUCCACAUGACUCCCAUGCGCUGUCCCAUUCCUUCGAUGAGCUUCAGUUGUUUGAUGAUGGUUCUUUUUACUUAUUUUCUAGGUUUUUUGGGGAUCCUUACACUGCAACAUUUGGGGGAUUUUCCAAAGUCACAAACUUUUUCCGAGGCGCCCUUCGCCCCCAGGAUGGAGCUCACCAGCGGCCAGUGUCAGAGAUGGCUGUUGGAUUGGAGGAUGAGCCAGGGUUCGAGGUGAUUACUUGCCAAGUUGAACUGGGAGAACGGCCAGUUGUGCAUCGCCAGGAACCUGUAAGUGAACAAGAAUGGGAGUCCUAUUUUGAUCCAGAGGGUCAUGUGGUAGAGGUGGAAGCCCUUAAAAGAAGGAUCUUCUCAGGGGGCUUGAGUCCUGGGACACGAAAAGAAGCAUGGAAGUUCCUUCUUGGCUACUACUCAUGGAACAGUACAGUGGAAGAAAGAAAGACAACCGUUAGAGAAAAGACGGAUGAAUAUUUCCGCAUGAAGCUGCAGUGGAAAUCUGUUACUGAAGAUCAGGAGAAGAGGAACACUCUGCUGAGAGGCUAUCGGAGCCUGAUAGAAAGGGACGUCAGCCGUACGGAUCGAAACAACAAGUUCUAUGAAGGAAACGACAACCCGGGUUUAGGUCUCCUUAACGACGUGCUAAUGACUUACUGCAUGUAUAAUUUUGAUUUGGGUUAUGUGCAAGGAAUGAGCGAUCUCCUCUCCCCAGUUCUCUUUGUCACACAAAAUGAGGUUGAUGCCUUUUGGUGCUUUGCCGGAUUCAUGGAUCUGGUGCACCAUAAUUUUGAGGAAAGCCAAGAAAGCAUGAAGAAGCAACUGGCUCAGCUAAACCUCCUCCUCCGUGUCCUGGAUCCAGUGCUCUGCGAUUUCCUGGAUUCCAAGGACUCUGGGAACUUGAGCUGCUGCUUCCGGUGGCUGCUUAUCUGGUUCAAGCGGGAGUUUUCCUUCCAAGACAUUCUUCUUCUUUGGGAGGUCCUGUGGACGGGUCUGCCCUCUUUGAAUUUCCACCUUCUGGUCGGCUGUGGCAUCCUGGACUUGGAGCGAGAGGCAUUGAUGAACUCUGAUUAUGGCUUUAAUGAAAUCCUCAAACACAUUAACGAGCUGACCAUGAAGAUGAGUGUGGAGGACAUUCUGUGUCGGGCCGAAGCCCUGCAUCAGCAGUUGGCAAAUUGUCAGGAUUUGCCCCUUAAUGUAAAAGAGCUUCUUGGUUUGGCAGAAGUGAAGAGCCCAGCCCCCAGCACAGGUACAGCCAGCCCACCUCAACCCCUCUCACCGAGCCAAGUCAACGAGUUGGAUCUCACAGACAGCGUUUCUCCGAGCCAGCCCGACAGCAGUAUUGAGAUCCUGCCCACAGAGGAUACUACAACCUCUCAGAGUCUGUCUCCUUGACUGGCCAUCUCUAAUGCAGGGACUUGGUCUCCUGUGCUGUCUCUUGUUGUCUUGUGCCCUUAUUUCGUACUCAGGGCCCAUCAAAGACUCAUUUACUGGUAACAUGCAAAUACCCGUUACAUUUAUUAGAGGAAUCUUCACACUAACAGUAGGGUGUUUUCUAAGAGAAUUUUGCCCACUGCCCCCCCACACCCCUUUUAUUUCAUAUAGAUAUACCAUUUAUAUCAGAAUAUCAGAUCUGUCUGUUACAAAACAAAACUCUACACCCCUCCAGCUGUUUAUAAACUGUUCAACACUUCAUUUGGAAAUCAAACAGCCCAUUACUAAACAGAGUGUU